UAAACAAAAAAAAGUUCUUUCUUUUGACGCCGGUUGGAUCUCGUCAGCCUCGUACGACAGAGCCCAUUCCCCGUCCACUUUCCUCUUCUUUAGUUUAGAUUCUGUUCUCCCACCGCCCCGCUUCCUUUCGGCUCGCCAGGCCUUUGCUUCGCCGCCCAAAACACCAGAGCCGCACCUCAUUCGCUGACAAAGGCACAAGAAAUUAGUGAGCAGAAGAGCGAGUUUUGGACCGUUCGUUGUGAACAUCUUUUCCUUGUUCUUUGAUCCAUUGUAAGCGUCCUUCUAUCUCGUCUUAUCUUACUACGGUUUCAGCAGUCACGUCUUUCGGUUUUUAGAUCCGAUUUUGAUCGCUUUUUUCAGGUGAGUUUGAUUCAUUUUACUAUUAAAAACUGGUGCAGAGCUUCUUCUUUUUUUUUUUUUUGCACUUGCGUUUUGGUGGAUUUGGGGUGAAAUCUUGUUCUAUUGAUCAUCUGGAGAUGCUUUUCCACCGAAAGAUUUGAUCUUGAUAAGUAGUUGGAGGUUGGUUUUCUGGAUUUUUACUUGGAUCAUCAUCUCCUUGUUUUUCCUUCUCAAAUGGGAAUCGGUUUCGAUCAGUGAGGCUUCUGUUUCUUUUCUUUCCUGAUUGAUCUGUUAUUACAUCUAUUUCCCAAUGCAUUCCAUUCAGUUGGUCCUCAAGUGCAACUUCUCACUUGAAAUCUGAUCACGAAGAGAAGGAAAAUGGGAGGAUACAAUAACGGCCUUCGGAAGUAAAAUAGCCUAAUUUGCCUGUCAGUUGAUAUCAUUUCUAAAGAUUUCUUCUUGAUGGGUUCUUUGAGGUGGAUUUCUGAAGAUUUAUAUGCUGAAGCGCCUUUUUUUUUUCUUGUGUCUUCUUUCUUUCUUUAAGUUUAUAUGAUUAAGUGAAGAAAUAGAAGAACCUUGUUUGAGACUGCUUUUGAUAUCUGGUCAAAUUUAUAGCCCAUGGAUUUCAUUAGUUAUAAAUGGUAUUGAGAAAGAAGAGUGAAGAUAAAUCUGUUUUCUGGAGUCUUUUGCCCAUUAUCAUUUUAUUUUUUUUUGAUGUAAAGGGAGGCAAAAAAACUGCCACCCGUUCAUAAUUGAUAAUCAGAGAGUAUGUACAACAGAGUAAUUUACAGAGAAGGAAAGGUUUUGUAAUCUUUACUUGAUGAGAGCAUUAUCAUGUGAAAAACAAAGGUUUGCUGUUUCUCAGAAUUGGGCUGCUUCCUUGUUCAUACUUUAAUCUAAUUCAUUAAUGGAUAUAUUGUUUCUUCUUUUCAUAAGUUGGUUUCCUUUUGAGAUAAAUUAAAAUCCAGCAUAUUUUUUCUUUGCUCUUAAACCCUGAUCUGUAAAAAGAAACUAAAGAAGAAAAAAGAUGUUGACGGCAGGUUUCUAGGGCAAUACUUCGUGUCUAUCUAUCUCUUUGUUUGGUCUUCUAUGAUUCUGACCGGUUACACCCAGGUUGGGAUUUAAACAUAUGUUUGAGAAAUGGAACUAUAUUUUCUUGAUGAUAUUUUCAUUUCUUUUGGAAGUCAUAUUUAACAGGACUUCAGGUUUUGCUCGCUUUUGCUUGAGCUUGAACUCUUGUAUAUUCUCCCCUUCCAUAAAUUUGAUUUUGUCAAGUUUCUACUGGAGAGCUAAUAUCAUUGUCUUUCUUUGUUGCCACCAGUUUUUUUGGAGGAAAGAAAGGCAAGAAGAUAUGGCAAUUGAGAGAAAGGAAGUUAUAUUACAUAUCAAAAAAUUUCUGAUAUAUGCCAUCAGAACUAGCUAUAAAUCUGCUCGAGAUCAUCCUUUUAUUUUCAGUGUGGUGUGUUUCGUGCUUAUACUGUACAAAUCUUUUCCUUCUCUAUUUGCUUUUCUGGUGUCUUCCUCACCCGUCCUUAUCUGCACUGCUCUUCUUCUUGGAACCCUUCUGAGUCAUGGUGAACCAAAUAUCCCUAAAAUUGAAGAAGUGGAUAAGAGGACUCAGGAAAUUUCUUCUCUGCAAGUUGGUUCUUCUGCCAGUGAUCUUGUUGUUAGGAAAGAUGAGAGCUGCAUGGUUGAGACCCAUGUGGAAAAUCAAAGAGAGAUAGAGGAAAUGGCAGUCAAAGAGGCAGUUUUGGGUGAAAAAGGGGCUACUCCUUGUUGUGAGGUAGAGGAGAGUAUCCCUUUUGCAACAAUAUAUGAUGAGGGAGAUGAGAAGGAUGACACUUUGGCUGCGAGCUCUUCAGCUAAGGAACACAAGAAAGAGAUUCCUGGUGAGGAGAUAGUGACAGAAGAAAGAGAGCUCCACGAGCAGGAAAUAGCUGAGAAGAAAGAAUUUUCUGGACAAAAUGUAGCUGAAGGUGUGCUUAAAGUGGGCAAAGAUAUUGAUGGUUUCACUGCAACAGAUCAAAUGGAAAAUGAGGGCCUUAAGGUGGAGAUUAAUAAGCCAGCAUUGGACAGUUACUUUGAUUCUUCUCUGGGUUCACCUUGGCAGCAUAUUGACAUCCAUGAUGCUUCUUCAGAUUCUGAAUCCGAGCAGGCAGAAAGUUCUUCGCCUGAUGCUUCUAUGGCUGACAUCAUUCCGAUGCUCGAUGAGCUUCACCCACUUUUGGGCUCUGAAACUCAGCCCGCUCUUUUAUCCAAAGGCAGCAUAGAUGGUGCUUCCCAAGGGUCCUCUCACAAUCAUGAAUCAGAUGAUGAUAGUGUGGAGGAAGAAGCUGAAAACCAGGAGGAUGAAGAAGAUGAAGAAGCACAGGAAGAAAAAGAUGAUGGGGCGGAAGCUGCGGUGACAUGGACAGCAGAUGAUCAGAAGAAUGUUAUGGAUCUUGGGUCUUCUGAACUGGAAAGAAAUCGAAGAUUGGAGAGCCUAAUUGCAAAACGAAGAGCAAGGAAGGAUCUAAGGUUUGGAACAGAGAGAAAUAUGAUAGACUUGGAUGGCAGCAUGGAGGAACUGUCACGCUUUCAUGUUCAAAUUCCACCCAUUUCAGCACCAAGACAGAAUCCAUUUGACCUUCCAUAUGAUUCAGGGGAAUCAAUCGGUUUGCCACCAAUUCCAGGUUCAGCCCCGUCUGUUCUGCUGCCCAGAAGGAACCCGUUUGAUUUCCCUUAUGAUCCAGCAGAUGUAAGCAGCAGCCGUACGGUAGAGACUUGGAGCCAUCAAGAUUUUGCUUCAGAUCCACAAAGAGAGAUGUUUUUCAUGAGGAAUGAGACCUUCAACUUGGGAGAUACCAAACUUAAACAAGAACAGCAGGAGUCUAGGUUGAAACCCUAUUUUGCUGCAGAGAGGAUGGACUCGGAGGAGACAAGUUCUGCUGCCUUUCAGAGACAAUUCAGUGACAAGAGUAAUUUGAAGGUGAGUUCUGUUCCAGAUGCUGACACAGGUUCUUCGGUCACAGAUCAAGAAUAUCAUAAAGAUCUUGUUGAACAAGAACUGUGUCAGGAGGGUGAAUUGCUGUCUCCUCCUGAACAUGAUGCUGAACCUGUUGAACAAGAAGCUCAGCCCUCUGAGGAAGUUGAAGCAGUGAAGGUUGAACAAGAGAAGAGUGAGAUCAAUAUCGCUGAUGAUCAUGGAAUUCAACUAGAUGCUAACAGUGUCCAUGAUGAAAACUGCCAACCUGCUGAAUCUUUUGGAGCAAUGGAAGAGGAAAUCAGAGAUGAAGUAGACAUAAUUCCAAGCUCUUCAGAAGCUGAGAAAUUGGAAGUGAUUGAAGAGAAGUAUGAACAGCCAAGCCCCUCCUCGUCAGAAGAGGAUGAGAAGAGUCCCAGAUCAGGCUUUCGUGAACAAUCAGCUAAUCUGGAGCAAACUAGGGAUCCCAUGCUUGCAGUUGGUGAUUCUUAUUGUCCGAGCAGGGCAGAGAGAGCUGAUGACAGUCAUGUUGCUGAUCCCAUUUAUGAUUCCAGCCCAUCAGCAAUCAAAAAAUCCCUGUCUAACAUUUCGGAAGCUUCAUCAGACGGUGAUAAAGGAGGUUCUGAUGCCAGUUCAUUGAAAUUUGAAAUACAGCACGUGGGUUCAUCUCCAAGCCCUGUUGGGAGAAAUGUUAGUUCAGGAAUUAGAAGCGCAGGGGAGGAGUUGGCAUCCUCCACCGGAGGGCUUUGGGUGGCUUCAUCAAAAUUAGCUUCCGAAUAUGAAUCAAGAACGAGGGAGAUAACUGAACUUAGAGAGGCAGAUGUUAUUGAAGUUGGAUUACAACCAGUCCAGAAAAAUGCAAGCGAUCCGAUUGCACCUGUAUUGUCAGAGCCAGCAACUAUGGAUAUUAUGCAUCAGCCGAGAAUUAAUGUGGAUGUGAGCCAUCAGACUGAAGGAAAUGUGAUGAUUGAUACUGCAACAUCUUCUUAUUCAGACAGUCUACUGUUGUCUGAUCAUUUGAUUUCAUCUGCAUUUGAAAAGGCACACUCUACGGAGAAAUCGGGAAUGCAGCCAUCAUCUGAAGUUGGUGUUGGAGAAUCUCAAAUAAGUAUCUUGGACUUGCCUCCAAUUCCCGAGGAGAACUUAGAUGACUAUAAACCUGAAGAGGAGCAUGAAAAUUUGACAAAGCCUGAGUCAUUUGUUGGUUUAACUGGAUUGCACAUACUUGAAGAACCCAGAACUGUUUUAUCUGAUAUAGAACAAGAGCUAUCUCUAUUUCAGAGGAAGUCAACAGAGGAAAGUGAUGCUGGCGGGGCUUGUAGGCUUGCUUAUGAGCCAGUGGAUGUGAAUCCCAGAGUUAUUCCUCCAGUUUCUAUUCACGAUGGUAGUUUUACUGGAUUAGAGUUGCUUGAGCCGAAGGAAGGCAUGGACUUCUCAAUUCUAUCAGAGGCAAAGUCCGAGCUUGAGAUGAAGUCCAGUACUGUUUUGACUGAUUCAAGGGACGACAUUGUCAAUGCUGUCCAAAGAGAGCAAGAAGGCUAUUCUCAGCAGAAUAUAAACGAUUCAGAUGAGGAAUCUGGUAAGGUCCAUCCUGAUGUCAUAAAUGUCGGAGGGAUUGAUGAAAACCUUCUGUCAGAAUUGGAUGCAGUUGGUGACUUCCAUGUAGAAGAAUUGAGGUCAGAUCAACAAGGAUCUGAACUAGGCCAAUCUGAUGAUGUUGCCACAAGUUCUUUAGCUUCUGAAAUGCAUGAAUUCACUUCCACCCUGCAAGUUUCUGAAGUGAGAUCCACAGAGUAUGCUGAUAUAUCUCUGAGUCUACCCUCUGAAGCCAAUUUGAACCUGUCUGAAGAAUUGCAUUCAGUCAUCGACCAGCCAAAUUCUGUGGAAUCAGAGGUCGGGUCUUCAUUUGAGUCAUCAUUUGUAAAUCCUGAGCAGAUUGUUUACAAUCCUAGGCUGCAUCUUCUUGAAGCGAGCUCUAUGGAAAUUGAUUCGGUUUUCAAGCAGCUCCAUGAAGAAGCUGGGGCGUCUUCUGGUUCAGAGCCCAUUGUUGGCGAGUCUAAAACAUUGGCCCCUGAAGUUGGUGCAAGUGAAUUGGUUAUCACUGAAAGAGAUCCUGAGCAAACAAUUACUGAUUCAGGACUGCUAGUUCUUGAAGCAAAAUCUGUUGAAGAUAUCAAUUUGGCUUUCAAAAAACUUGCGGAAGGAAGUCCAGGUAAAUCUAUUGUUCCUGAAGUCGGACCAUCUCAAAUUUUACCAGAAGGGCCGCAUUUUGAACCGAUGGAGAUUCACUCCGACCUGCAGAUGGUUGAAGCAAAAUCUUUUGAAGAAAUACAUUUAGCUUUCAAGCAAGCAUCUGAUGGCAUCCAUGAGAACCCUCCAAAGGUGGCCACACCCAAUGUUGGGUCUGCAGAAGUUGAGAUAAGUGACAGACACCUGGAGCCUGAUGUUCUUGAAGUGCAUUCUGCUGAAGAGAUCGAGUUGGCUUUCAAGGAAGCCGUCUCUAAGGAAAUUGGCUCAAGCAAGCAACAAAAUGCUGGAAAAUCAGGUGGGGUUGAGAAGAUGGAUGAUGGUUCUAGCUCCAAUGCUUCCGCCUUGAAGAAGAAGAAGAAAACCAAGUCGGCUAAAUCAGGAUCAAGUUCCAGCUCAAGUUCUAGCUCAAGUGAUUCCGAUUAAUUUAAGGAUAACUAUUAAGAAAGGUUUUCCUUUUUUGCUUGUUUCUUGCGUGGUUGUUUUGCUUGAGGUGCUGGGAUAUUUGUUUUACCACUCUGGUUAGUUGAAAUUUUGGGUAAAUUUUGGUAAACGGUUCUGAAAGUUUUUUUUGGGGUUUUUCAUCUUUGAUAUUAUUAACUGAUUGAUUGCUUUGUGGAUAGUGUUUUGGUCAGCUUUUCUUUUAUAAUAUAUUUUUUGUCUUGACUGUUUGUUGUUAAAGUAGAGGUUUGAUGAUGAUUGCUUCUUGUAAAUUAUAACUUCCAAUGUAAUGAUUCUUGAAAA